GGGAGAGAGAGAGAGAGACCGUGUAAAAAGUGUAGUUGUGACUCUCAUCGCAAGUGUAUGUGACACGUAAAAAAAGAAAAACAACAACAGCCAGAUAUUCAUCAGGAUGCCGAGGGGUUCAUUGUUAAUCCUUUUAGUAAUGAUGGCAGCGACAACGAGAUUAGUUAGUCCAGACAAUUGUGCCGACGAGUGUACCUGCAAAUGGAAAAAUGGUAAACGUACCGUAGAAUGUAUAGAUCGUGCUUUAACGAGUAUACCAGAACGGAUCGAUCCAGAAACACAAGUGUUGGACAUGAGCGGGAACCAUGUAAGAAGCUUGCCGAGUAACAUCUUCGUACGUGUACGCCUGACGAAUCUUCAGCGUCUCUAUCUACGCGAGUGUCGUAUCGACCGAAUCGACUCGGAGGCUUUGACCGGCCUGACGAACUUGGUCGAGCUCGAUCUAAGCAAUAAUUUGUUAUCAGGGGUGCCAAGUGCUAGUUUUUCGAACACUCCCUUUUUACGUGACCUAGUGUUGGCGUAUAAUCAUUUGGAAAGAAUUCAUUCCUAUGCCUUUAAGAAUACACCCAACUUGGUUAAGCUCGAUCUCUCUCAUACGAAGUUGAUCGAGAUCGAGGCCAAAGGGUUUCGCGGUUUGGAUUCUUUGGAAAGUUUGAAAUUGAAUGAAAACGAAUUGACUACGUUACAUCCCGGUACGUUUGAACCAUUGAACAAACUCACCAGUAUCGAACUACACGACAAUCCAUGGAUUUGCGAUUGUCGUUUGAGAGAGAUGAAGAUGUGGCUUGUAAAACAUAACCUGCCGACAUUGGUGGCGCCCGUUUGUCACGGACCUGAACAAUUAUUGGACAGAGUCUUUACCGAUCUCGUGAUCGACGAUUUUGCCUGUCGCCCUGUACUAUUGAUAGCGAGCCAUUAUGCCGAGGCUACGAUCGGCGAGAAUGCUAGUAUAGUGUGUAGAGUCAGUGCCAUACCACCUGCCAAAGUUAAAUGGUAUUGGAACGGUCGGUUGUUAACCAAUCAUUCGGCAUUUAGUAGCUAUCAGAAGGUCUUGAUAUUCGAGGAGGGACAAUUUCGUAAGAGAAGCACAUUGGUAUUGACCAAUGCACAGGAGGCUGACUCAAGUGAGUUUUACUGCGUCGCCGAAAAUCGUGCUGGUAGCGUGGAAGCCAAUUUCACGCUUCACGUGUCAUUAAGAACGGCUGGGAUGUCGACGUUAGGAUCGGGACAGAUAGCAGGGAUAUCGGCAGCAUUGGUAGGCCUGAUACUUUUCAUCCUACUGAUCAUUCUAAUCCUUUUCAUUCGUCUGAGAAGAAUGCCCCUUAAAGAUGUGAAAUCUCAAACACCGGUUGAAACGGUCUCAGGCGAAGGCAACGGCGAAACGACUAAUCCAACGGAAAAUCCAUCGACUACCUCGUCGUUGGCUCGAAGAAAACGCGAAGAGAUCGAAACAACGUCGUUCGGGAUCGAUGCAAAACCGCCGGUAUCCUUGAACCUAAGUUACGUCCAAAGACCGCAAACGGCCCUGGUCCAGAACGAAAGUGAUUAUGGCAACGUUACGAGAUACGAUGAACGUGGUCAAGGUGGCAUCGGUAGUUGUGGUAGAUCGUCCUUGUUGGUACCACCAACCGGUGGAUGUUUUUCAUCGACUACAUCAUUGAUGCCCAUCGAUAAUCCUGAUUUGAUAAGAGACACUAGACGUGGCUCGGCCGAAGAUCUAACGCCUUACGUUACUACCGGUGGUGAUUACGUUGCUGGCGUUGGCCGUAUGGAAUUAGUCGACGAUGGUAAAAUAUUAUAUUCCAGUUGUCUUUGGGACAAUAGUACCGCUACUACGAGAGACAGCACCGGCAACAACAGUUGUAGGGAUGGUUGUAGAGAUAAUUGCAGAGGUGCUUCGUUACAAGUCAGUUCAUAUGCGUCGUCCAAGGAAACGCUAGCCGUUGUAGCACCAACGGUCGAACAAUUUCCACCAGGUGCGAAACAAAUGCGCGUAUGGCAAAAGGGUGUACCCGUAUUACCGCCUGUAUCGGCCCUCAAACGUGUAUUAGGAUCCACGCGUAGCUCACCCGAUGAGGGCUAUCAGGAAGGCACUGGAACCGAUGUCUAGGUACCGCUACUUCAUUACUGCGACCCACGGCAUCGUUACUUGGAACUACGUAGACGCCAUCAGGAGGAUGAUACCGACUGCUGAUUUGUCCUUUGUUUUUCUUUUUUCUUUAACUCUUUUUUUUCCUCUCUUCUUUAUCUGGGCUCGAUCCUUCUACAUUGGUGGCUGUCGUAUGCUGGACUCGCAGUAGUGAACGAAUACAACAGAUAUAUCCACACAUAUAAACUGGUCUAUCGCUCGAGAAUCCAAGUUGAAAGAUGGCCCGGAUUCGGACCGAUUUCGCGGAAUCCUGGAUUCGUCGAUCGGCAUGCACGCGACGACUUUGAUCCCGAAUCCAACACCAUUGACGUAUUUGCCGUUCUAUUCGAUCCGGUGAUCGAGGAAUAUCACCUUGGAUUUGCGUUCGACGACGUUCAUCUUGAUCUCGAUUGGGAUACGCCCGAUGACGACCUUGGUAACGUCUAUCCCACGGGAAGUUGGGCUCUAUAGACUAUAGUACGCUGUGUCAAAUCCAUUCAGGGAUAUCCUUUCAAUCCUACCACGAACGAAGCUCAUUAUCGCGAGAUCGAAGACAAGAAAAGAAGAAUAUUUGCGAACGACGAUAAAAGAUAUUAUCAAGGAACAAUUCAUAUCGCGAGCGUUAUGAUAUCACAGGAUGGCGAAAUGGAAACGUCUCCGAGACCGGGCUAUCUCGGUUUUUUUUAUCUGAGUCGCGUCUGGUUUUCCAUCGACGGAACUUCCGUUCCCGGAACUUUCCUUCCGGAGAAUUUGGCUCUCGAGAACUACGAUGGAUUCGAGAAAAUUCUUUCCUGGUAGGUAUUAUCCGAACUUUCUUCUCGUGCUUCUCUAUGUCGAAAUAUAUAAAUAAUAUUCUCUCUAGAAAGUUUUUCCCAAUUCGAUAUUAAAAAUAAUUAAAUAAUAGAAAAGCCGAUGAUUGCUUUCGCGUGAAGACAUACAUAGAAAAUUUGAAUCGACAAAGGCUGAAAAAUACCAUUUAGAUCUUCCUAAGGGUACUCGAAGAAGAGAAAGCCCUCAAGUUAAGUGCUUCAAUUUACGUGGCGUACCGAUCGAACGAAAUCAAUUCGAGUACCACCAAGUCUAUUAACGCAUGACCGCUAACAGACUUUCUUCGCGUCUAAUGCGAAUUUCAAUUACGUGAUUAUAGAGACACUUCUUCUUAUACUAAUACAAACUGGACACUCGCGUUCAACCAGUAAACGUUUCAAAGUUUUAUAAAUGAAAAAUAAUCGUCCGUUCGGUACGAUUUACUUUAAGGGGUAAAAAAGAAGAGAAGAGAAGAGAAAAGAAAAGAAAAGAAAAGAAAAGAAAAGGCGUUCCUUUUACUUUACCUUAUAUCUUUUAUAAUGCAACGAGCUACGAUUACCGGUACGUAAAGUUCUCGCAAGAAGCCCGCGGCGGCGCAACCCUCGUGCGUCUUAAUUCUCACUUUUUUCCUACGAACACCGUGCAACGCGGUUACUCCCAACGCAGGAGGGAAAACAGCAGCCCUGGCAAUGCCGAGGAGAACGAGGAGGAUGAGGACGCGUUUCCGGUCUAGAUAACCUCAAAAGCUACGCUCCUUGUCAAACUCUCAAAGAGUUUAAAGAACCUUACGAAAUAUUCCGCAGGGCCAACUCUUGCAACUCUUCUCCUUCCUCGCCUAACUCUUAACUUUAUUAGAGAGAGAGAGAGAGAGAGGGAGGGAGGGAGAGAGAUUCUGUGAGAAAUUCAAGGCACGUACAAUUUCUACCGAUGAUAUACACAAUUACUUUCGUUUUGACCACUUACGCACGUUAACGUUCAUCAAACGUUAACUUUUUUUCAUUUUGUACCCGUCGAUAAGUAAGCAUUUUUCUAUCCUACGUCGUUCCGAUCGAUAAUUAUUAUCCAUAUCGAUAAACGUUCGAUCUCGUAUCGAUAUAUCUUUAUCGAUAUAUAUUCGACAAUAUUUCGGCUAUUAUCGAUGUCGAUAAACACCAUCAUAUUUAUUCUCAAUAAAAAAAGAAGAUUCUGCUUCUUACCUGCGAUGAUUCUUAAUAACUUGCCUUAAUGAAGCCUUUCGAACUUUCUUUUUUGUUCUUUCAUUUCUACUUGUAGAAUACGUUCUUCCGCAAUUUGGUCGCAUAUAACGCGCCUCAAGCAUCUCUUUUUUUCCUUUUUCUUCGACGAUUGCCGCCGAGCCAGUAACGGGCUGCUACGCAAAAGUCAUUCUACCGACUUUCUUCUUCGUUCGACGUAAUUAAAAUAACGUCCCGAUGCUUUUUCUAUCCCCUCCCCCCAAUUCUCCUCGCACAAGCUCGGUGAUAUAUCGUCGUUCGGGUCACUAGACAUCUCGACUCACUUUUCCGCAUUACGUAUUUUGUCGCGGCUACUUAAUCGGCCGGCCAACUUUUUCCAGAGAAAAACCAGAGAGAGAGAUGAAGGAAACGAUGGCGCGUUUAAUUGGCCGAAUAGAAAUCGAUGUCACGCUCUUACGCUUUUUAGCACCACUAAUUUAACCGUUUGUUAGCACCGUGUCGUCGCACACCAGGGAAAUAAAGACGAUAUUCUUCUACUCUCGGAAAAGUGUCUCUUUUCUUUCCCUUUUCUCCUCUAAAGCGUUAAUAAUAAAAAAAAAAAAAAAAAAAAAAGAGCUCGCUCUCUUUUCCCUUUCUUAUUUCAAACGACUCAGUUUUCUUAUUAUUCCGUCGCCAUUGCCGUUAAUCAGGGCCGGCUCGUCUACGUAUGGUACCACGAGCUCGAAAGCUAAACUCGAAAUUUUCAUCAUCCACAAGUUAACGUGCUAAUUAGAAUGACGCGUUAGAUCGUCGGAAAUGGAGUACGGGGAAAAAGGACAAGAUAGAACCUUGCAAAGAUUUUUCUCAAUCUCCACCAUUGUUAAACCCAGUAUAUGCAACGCACGAAUAAAAGUGAGACAGAGAGAGAGAGAGAGAGAGAGAAUACGGAAAUUUUUCAAAGGAUCGUUGGGACGGCGGCAGAGGGGCGGGAAGACCCCUCGUAUUUUCGCCAGUGGGAAGAUUCGUUUACCGGGCAAAUUUUCUGUAUUUCACGUUUUUCACGUUUCCCGCGACUAUCAACGUCACAACCUUUUCCCUCCCGCUCUUCCCGCUCCACGCUCAUUCCUAUCCUUUUUUCUGCUCGCUCUCCUUUUUUUGGACGCUUUUUGUUUUUUCUUUUUUUUUCUUUUUUUUUUCUUUUUUUUUUUUUCUUCUUUUUUUUUGUUGUUGUUCCCGCGGUAGCCUCGAAACGUCGGAGAAACGCAACGUGACGUAUUUCGGUCGGUUGGAAACGACGAUGCGUAAAAAUGACAGACCUCGUCUGUUUCUGCCUCCUAUUACUUUUGGCGCUCGUACCAACGAACCACCGAGCAAACCAACCAGCGACACGAGGAUGCUUUUUUUUCUUUUUUUCUUUUUUCGAAAUACUCUUUCGAACCAAUCGAUAUACCCGAUGUACCCCACCUAUACGUACGGUAUAUCUAUGUAUUAGAGGUUCGAGGUGAGUACGACUACGUCUCGAAAAACGAUCACUUUUCUCACUUGGAUUCAUCCACACUCAAAAUCUCUCCUCCAUCCCACUUCCUUUUUCAACCUUUUAUCCUAUCAAUUCUAAUCGUUUUACUCGCGUCACUUUUUCCUUUUUUUACUUACCCUGAUAUAAAGGUAUAAUGAGAGUGAGGGGGGGGGGAUCAUCGUGCUUUUGUCUUCUCUUUGGUUACACACACAGAGGGAGAGAGAGAGAGAGAGAACGAACGAUAGAUAACGAGGCUCCUCGAUCAGGGAAUAUCCUUCCUUAUCUGUGACUACUACUCUAUCCCGUGACCUUAAUUUCGCCCUAAACUUAAUUCGUCGUCCGUAUCCGUCAAGGAAUUGAAAAAAUCUCGUUCUUCGAGUUUCUAACGAUUGUCCGAUCGGUCGUUUGCUUUCUCACGGAACCGAAGAAAAAAAGAAAAAGCCCCGAGAAGAAAGAAACGAUUCACCUUUAAGAGAGCCAAGCGCGUAGGUAAAAAAAGAAAAGCGACGUUUUUAUCAUCGGUCGGUAAAAUCGAUCGCUACCGUGCCCGAAUUUCAAGAUUACCAAAACGACGACGUAUCCAUCAUCUCCUUCGUCCAUUCCAAUUUCUCGAGCACCUGUCUCUUCUUUUUCCUCUUUUUUCUCUUGCCCUCUUCUUUUUUUUUUUUUUUUUUUCUUUUUUUUUUCUCUUUUCCCUUUCCCACGGAUUCGAGCCAGCGAUUUCGUCUAGAUGCGAGAAUUAGGUCGGUGCGGGUUAAUUAUGCUGAUAUUUACGGGAAUCCCUUUGAAAUUAAUUCGGACGCGGUAGUCUGGAAACUCGAGAACGGGAGGAACUUUUCUAAUCGACCAACGAAUUAACCGUCAUUGAGUGAACGAAAAGAAAAUGAAAGAAAAUGACGACGAGGUUGAACGAAUUUAAUCGUCCUAAUAUCUACAUUAUUUAAUUUAAAAUUUUAAUUUAACUUAAAUUCCGAUAUCGCCGCUUAUUAUUAUUAUCCUAGCUAAUGCAACAUUUCCAAGCUUUCGAUAAGUUUAUUCUUCAUAAUAACAAUAGAAAUAUGUGCCGCUUCUCGUAUAUAAAGAAAAAGAAAUUAAUAUUAUUGCGUAUUCUCAUGAAUGCAUCCACCACCCUAUUCCUGUGGGAAAUAAAGUGGACGUAAAUCGUCGUGCACACAAUAUCUAUGGAAUCGAUCGGAGUUGAUCGAAACUACUCCUUUGUGUCGAAGCUUCCCCUUUUGCCAAUGCUACUGCUGCUCGAUCCGUUCUGUAGACACUGCUAACACUCCUCUCCGAAUUUAAGAAAAGCCUUCUCCUACGCGCUCGCGCUUCCAUCCCCAUCGGCUCUCUUCCCACCCUUAUUCUCUUUAUCGUUCGGUCUCUUUAUACGCUCUCUUUAGAUCGUCACCGUACCUUACUACCCUCUCCAUUUUCCCACCUUUUUCUUCCCUUCUUUCUCGUUAUACCAUGCAUCUCCUUUACUAUGCAUCCUGAUCGAUUUCUUUUCUUUUACUUUUGAAAAAUUUGUCAAUUAAUCUUUUGCGAAUACAUGAAAAAAUCAAAGUUUCAUUUUAUUAUUAAAAAUCACAAAACUUCUUUAUCGAAGCUGCACAAAUUUUUAUCCCGCGACUAAUCCCGACAAACUCCCUAUAUAACAACUUUCUUACUUUCCUACGAUACUACGUGAAUUCAUCGCGAAUGCUUUUGCUAUACGCGAUUGGCUCCAAGAGUCGCUUACUGACGUGUCACCCCAACUCUUUCUCUCUCUCUCUCUCUCUCAAAUUCCGUAUAAGUAAGUCGAAAGUUCAUUAAACGAAGUUUCAGAGGAAACUCACUGGCGGCGAGGGGGGAGAGAGAGAGAGAGAGAGAGAGAGAGAGUAUAAUUCCCGUUCGUUUGGAAGUUUCUUCAUUGAUCGAGCGAGAAUCUCGUUGUCCGUGGUCGGAGCCUGCCUCGAAUCGUUUACGCUCUUUUCGUCCCCUCUUCCUCCACCUUUCCCUCUCCACCUUUUCUGGGUCCUUUGUCAAAUGCCAUUCUUGUAGAAAGAGAUGGAAACAGUCUACAUACAUACAUACAUACAUACAUACGUACGUACAUACGUUCAUGGAAGAUACAAAGAAAUCAAAGGACCGGCCAGAUAAAAGCUUCAUUUCGUUAUUAAACAUUCAUGAAAGUUGUUUAUCGGCGAUACAAAUUUAAUCCCGCUAGUAAUCUCAACAACUCUGCAAAUGGCUACUUUCUUACCUUUAUACGACACUUACUCGUUUCAUUUAUUCCGUAAGAACAGAGAGAGAGAGAGAGAGAUAUAUGAAAGAUAUUAAUAUAGUUUAUCAAAAUUAAUAAUAUUACCACACGAGCGCAGUAAUUGUUACGCAUCUUAUUUCUUCCUCCUUUAGAAAUCUCCACUCCUUUAUACGCAUCAACUUUUAAUUGCCUAAUUGAUACAAACCCCCAAAGAGUGUAGUUCAAAUCUAAAGCCCUUUUAAAAUCUACUAUUAAAGAUUUCCUUGCAAAUAUUCUUUGUAUGCAAAAGCCAUGUAUGUAUAUACGCAUGUAUGUAUGUAUGUAUGUUUAUGCAAUAUUACUGUGUUUUGCUAGAGUUUACAUUUUCUCGACACCCAUUGAAAGGUAGUAACAUAUAAUGAUCGUAACAUUAUUGUCACUUGCUAGGAAGUUGGUCUUCUUCUAUUAAUUCUACUAAUCUUGAGAUGUAAUAUUGAUUUCUACCUAUGAAUAGGAGAUAAGAUUUUUUAUUAAUUAAUUUUGUAUUAAAAGAUAUUCGAGUUGUAAAAACUCUUUACAUAUUAUCUCUAUGUACGACCUUUAUAUUCUUCUUUUUCUUCUUCUUCUUCUUCUUCCUUUGAUCCCAUGAAUAGUCAGAUAUAGAAAUUUGCAAUUUCAUAUUCAUUGAGUGCCGGUUGAUAAAUUAGCGAGAAACUUGGGCGACUAAUAAAAAACAUAUUAUGAACGUUAAUAAAAAAGCAAUAAAUAAUAAUGUAACAAAAAAGGAUAGAAAUAUUUUUGCCUUUCUUCUUUCUAAAUGAAUUUCUUGCAGAUAGACCACCACCGUAGUCUUUUAUCUCUCUCGCACCCAUUAAGUCUCUUCCUCCGGUCCUCUUUAAAUCCCAAUUUCUUCGGGUGUGUAAACUUUUGAGUCAAGCGAAAGCAGACUUUUCGUCGAUGCAAUCAGGCUACUACUGUGUGCGAGUGUGUAAGGCGGAGACUAUAGUACGUGCAACCUCAGUAUCAUAAAGUCACAUUAAGGACUGUCCGGCGUAUUUUCCUUCCAAGCCAAUAUGGCGUUCAUGUCCUUAAUACCACGCGUGCUCCAUGGCUCCAACGGAUCCGUCGUCGUCGCCGUCGUCGUCGUCGUCGUCGUCGUCGUCGUCGUCGUCGUCGUCGUCGUUUCUAAAGGCACCUUAUUUCGCUCAAUCGAUUCUCUUUCCCUCGCUGGCUCCUCCUUGGGAGAUACUCUGCGCAUAUAAUUAAAGAAAAAAAAAUAAGGGUUUAUUAAAUAUUCAGGGGAAAUUAUAAGGAGGAUCUUUUGAGAUCGUAUGGCAGUGAACAUUAAGAAAUUUCGCAAUUUUAUAUCAUUGAAUAUGCGCGCGCGCGCGUGUGUGUGUGUGUACAUAUACAUGUGUACAUAUAUAUAUAUAUAUAUAUGUACAUACAUAGAAGCAAUCGAAUAUAUGUUUGGCAACCCUUCAACUUGCUACAGCGACUACUUGUCGAUAUUGUCUUGAGUAUUGAGUUUCCGCUUUCUAGGAGUUACGCCUACACGAACGAUAAUUGAUUUAUCGAAUGCGCAAGAUACGCGCCUAUGCAAACCGAUUUCCUUGGAGGAAAUAUCAUCAUGAACAAAAGAGAGAAGAGAGGCGUGCCUAUCCAACUCAAUAACAAUUGAAACACACAUGUACAUAUGCAUAUACAUAUUUAAAACUUAUAUGCGCACACACAUUUCGAACUUAUCGCUAAACUUAAAUAAAAAAAAAAAUAACUUGGUAAAAUUAAGAGAAAUAAUCGUUCGUGAAAGUAUCGGUAAUAAGUUCGGCCAAGUGCGACAAUAAAUUUUCUGUAAUGAAAUAUGGAUGCUUUGUAGCAGUAAUCGGCUCAAUUAAACGACGGAAGACGAUGAGAUCGUAUUAAGGAGGAAAAAGAGGGGAACGAUGUCGUUUCGAGAUAAAAUGAGAACGAGAGAAAUAGAUGGAUAUAUACUCUCUCUAUUUUCCUCGAUAUUUACUUUUCUCAUACAGGACGAUAGAUAAUUGUCAGAUCGAGCGAAAAAACAAUUAUAUCGAAUGGAAAUACUUAUUAAUUCGCUUGAAUGGAUAUGCGGAGAUAGUGAGAAAAAUUUUCUAGACAAAUUUCGACUUUCGCGUCGAUUUUCUUCUUCUUCGGGAGAAACCAAAAAAAAAAGAAAAAAAAAAAAAAAAAAAAAAGAAAGAAAAAAGCAAAUAAAGCUACCUAUUCCUAGCUGUCUUCGGCCGUCGUUUCUGUGGCUUAUCCUGUAACGGAUUGCGAGUACCACCAUUUUGCUCGACCUCGUCCUUAAUUGUUUCGACAGACUUCUUACGAUCUUUGUUCAGGAUACGCUUCGUUGGUUCCUCUUCCGGGCCAUUCAGCAAAGACCCAUAACCGAUAAUAUUCUUGUCGACGUACGUCGACGUCGACGUCGACGUCGACGUCGACGAUGACAACGAUGCCGGCACCUUAACCGACAACGACGACGACGACGACGACGACGACGACGACGACGACGACGACGAACUGCCGUUGGCAGGCUUGCGUCCAGAUUUUUUUCUACUCUUCAUAAAUCUGUUGUUCGCCGACCUGAUUCUUCGUAGAUAGGACUCCGUUCCUAACGUUUUUUCAUCUUAAACAAAUAUAGGGAAUAUUUCAACAUUUUAUAACAACUCUCUCCUCUUCUUUCUUUUUCCGUUAAAUUACAAUUCGUUUUUUAUUUUUAAUUAAAAUUGGAGAAUCGAUAUAAAAGUCCAUAAAAAGUUUAGAUAAAUAAAAAAUGAAUUAUCUUACUAGCGCAAAGAUCAUUGUCACUAGACUCAACAAAGUAUUGCUUUUUCGGCAGAAAAGUUUCGACGGUCGUGGGUAUCAUGAUCAUAGCUAAGCCUUCUAAAAUUUGUGACUUCGAUCGUACGUCCGUCUCUAUCUUUACUGAUUUUUCGGCAACCUCCAACACAUCUUUGGCUAAUUUUGGAAGCAAUUCUUGAUCGUUCGUCAACUCCGAUGCUAUGAUCAAUUUCAAAAACGGAUCUUCUUCUUUCGACAGCUUCGAUUCUAAACAUAAAUAUAAAUGGAUCAGUUUUUUUUCUUUUUUUCUUUUUUUCUUUUUUUUUUUUUUUUUCCUUUGUGCAUUGUAAUGUCAAACAUUUAUCAUUUAAUGGACGAUUUCGUUAAUUAGAUCGGAAUAGAUGAUGGAUCUUUAAAAGAUCAAAAAGACAUGAUCUUGAAAUUACUUUUUGUUUUUUGCUUUCGCUCUCUUUGACGAACUCACCAAUGGGAACAUUUGUUGUGGGUUCAACGAGUUUCUCAAUGAAAUCUGUAGUAAGCUCAGUUAAUUUGGUCGAACUUGCAAGUUCUACUUGACAAUUCUCUCGAACAUUCGUUGAAGGCACAUUCUGACAACUACUAGUGACUUCUGAUUGCAUCUUAGCCUGUUGUUUCUCGUUCACGUUGCCGUCAGGUAUUCUCUCGGUGGUACCCACAGGGAGAUUCAAAUCAUGAGUGAAGGCCAUCACGUCCAGAGCUGCGGUGAGUGCGUCACCAAAGCCAGCGGUCAAUGCGGAAACUUCGGUGUUACCGCCGACGUUUGCACUGAAAUGUAAUCGUAAUAAUUCUUACGUCAAUCGCUCCUAAAUAAAGUUGUCAACAAUUUAACAUUUACUUAUAUAAAUCUUUCCUCUACUUUUACUUAAUUAUUAAAUUGCCUUUACAUAUGCCGCAGCAAUAUAAAAAGAUUCAACAAGAACAACUGCAAUUUAACGCACAAUAAGUAUCAUAUAUGUGAAAACAUGUCUGUCUGUUGACUACAAGCUAGCGAGACAUAUUAGCACUAUUUUCUCUAUCAACAGUUUUAGAAUCGUAUGAACGGAUGAAAAUGAGAAAAUAGCUCUGAAUCCUAUUCCAUCUUUUUUACUCUACUCCUAACGCAAACAGGAAGUAAUUAUCGAUUAUGAAACGACGACAGAGAGAGAGAGAGAGAGAGAGAGAAAAAGAAAAAGAAAAAAAAAGAGAUAUGUUACAUCUCGGUGCAGACUCUUGAGUCAUUUCUUGCCAAGGCCACAUUCACAAGGCAAAAUUCAUGUUCCCUACGUUUUUGUGUUUUUCACCGACGAUCCUGUUUCCACAACGUGUACGUAUAUCUUUCUAAUGUAUCAUAAAGAAAGACAGAUAUAUAGAAACGUAAUACGCAGUAAAUUGAAAGCGGCUCAUGAAAUAUUCAACUUGCAUUUCAUUUGACAAGGACGUUCCUUUGACAAAAAAAGAAACAUUUUAGGAAAUUUCUUCGAUAACAAACAAUUUGUGUCGUCAAUUUUUACUACAAUUCAUAAAUAUUUCUAAAAAUUGCACACAUACACACACACGCGCGCGCGCGCGCGAAAAAGAUAGAGGGGUGUGUGUGUGUGUGUGUGAGCGCAUAUAAUUGAAUUUUUAUAUUGCGUAACAUAUAAUGAAGUUAAGUAAUACGUACUGAUGUCUACCAAGCGACUAUAUCUUAUAAUCAAUUACAUCACAAUUUAUAUAGAUUAUAGUCAUCACUUGCCUAGCUCGUAUAGGCGUUGAAAAGGAUUCCCGUCCCCACAUUAUCUGUCGCAAUUCCUCGCCAGUCAUGCCUCGUUUCUUCAGCGCGUUUAUCGUGACUUUUCCAACGCGCUGUAAACAGGAUAAACAAUUAAUCAAUACGACUGGAUAAUUUCAUUAAUGAUUCAUAUAUUACAUUUCUUUUUUUUUUUUUUUUAGUUUUAUCAAACAUCACUACAUCGUAAACUAAGUAAAUCUAGUAAAUCUAAUAAAUAUUAAUUAAUUAACAAUGAUUAUUGUUAAUUAUGUCGUAUUCUACUCUAUUUGUUUGUUUCCAUUUAUUUACCUUUCUUUCUUUUUUAAUAAAAACAAUAUCGUACGAUUGUGAAUUAAAUAACACUCACUUUUUAUGUCUACAUGCAUACACGCAUAUGUACAUGAGAUCUAAUAAUACGAGAAAAGCGAAUUAUAUUGGUUUCAUUGAACUUAUUAAUUUCGAAAUCGUUAAUAAAAAAUAAGGAAAAACUUUUGAUAUCAUUUAACCAAUCCGUACAUACGUACAAUUGGUUGGUCGUAAAGAGAUGGGAAACAAUAUCACAUUAUGCGAUGCGAUAAAAGCUCACAGCAUGGUGUCCUUUUAAUUAUGCUAGUCGUGCGAUUAAUCGACCGAUUGAGUUACGUGCAACGAGUGAGCGAGAGAGCGAGAGAAAUAAUAGAGUUAUAUAAUAUUAUCGAUUUCAACGAUCAACGCUUAUGUGUUUGCUUGCUGCUCGUAUUGUAACGACGAAAUCGUUAAAUAACUAUUAAAAAUACUUUUGUGCUUUUCAUCUUCAUAUUUUGACUUUUAUUAACUUUAUAUCAACUUUUUCUUUCUUCCGAUUAGAAAAAUUUGUAUUAUCGCAGGUGAUGUAUGCGUGCGUGUAAAUGAUUACUUCUUACGGAUUAAGACAUUAAUUCUAAUCAAAUUCAUCGACAGAUACUAAUUAUGAGAUCGAUAUUUAAUCGCGAGUCGCUGAAACGUAUUGCACGUUGCAUUUAGACGAUACAUAUGGAUCUUUCGAUUAAUCCUCAUGGAUUAGGGUAUUAAUAGUGUCUAUUAAAAAGGCACAUUGCAAAUACGUACAUAAUUGCGCGUACGUAUAAACAUAGACGGUAUUAAUAUCUUUGGAUUAUAUAUAUAUACACACACACACACACACACACCCACCCACACACACUGAAUGCGGAAUUGAUUAUUAAUUGGAUCGUGAGCCUAAUGCGUAUUACAAUUUCUGCGAUUAUUUCUUAUAGGAUAUUAAUGAAAUCGAUACAAACUAAUUGUGUAAUUUUUAAUUAAUUCCAUUGCUAAUACGUUGAUAAGUUUGUAAAUAGCAAUAUGUACUUAGAUCGUUGGCAAUUAAUCCUUAUAGAAUAUUAAUACUAAUCAAAAUCAUCAGUAUAUUCCAAUUGUGUAAUUUAUAAUUAAUUCCGUCGUGCUAAGGGUACAGGGGCGUGUUUUUAACCGGUAAUAUGUACUACAUAAUUUAAUUAUAAUUCGAUUUAUCCUUACGGAUUGUCCUUCAUAGGAUAUUAAUACUAAUCAAAUUCAUCGACGGACUAAUUGUGAAAUAUAUAAUUAAUCACAUGGUCAAGCUAUAUGGUUGCGCAUAGAUGAUAGAUAAUAUGUGAUACACGUAGACGUUUCGAUUAUUCCUUAUAGUAUUAGGAUACCAAUAUCCUAAUCAAAUUCAUCGAUAUAUAUGACGUAUAGAUAAUAUAGAUAAUAGCGAAAUCGAUAAUUAAUUAUAUCAUUAAGAUUUACACAUAUACGUACGUAGGUAAAUGUCGCACCACACCUUCGUCGUUCCUUCUCAGCUCGUACGUUAAUACUGAAUGAAAAGUCGUUAAACGUGGAUUGUAUAUACUCGGAUAAAUUGUAAACAAGUAUGUACGUAUGUAUGUAUCUUCUCUUAUUUAGAUAUCUUAUUUCCGUAACCUUCGCGUAUAUAAAAA